CAGUCUUUCUUUGGCCUGCGGGCGAAACAGGCAGCACAAUGUGAAGGAUGUAUGCAUUUGUGGGCAUGAUUGAUCUCAUGUCAUGAGCAGAUAUUCAGGCCAUUUUGAAGGGAAUGAGUUGCCAGAUUGAUGAAGCAUGGAAGCAGCAGCCAUGCUAUGCGCACCAGAACAAACAACCAACACCUCAGAGUUGAUUUUUAGACACGCUUUGGCCGAGCUUGAGCUGCUUCAUGCGAGGCGCAUGGUUUCUCGGGCAGGCUGGACUUGUUCGCACGUGUUGGCCCAACUGCCCCUGCCAUUUGCUUCGUCUGCAGGUUGGUGCUCCUGGUCGCAUCUGCCCAGGCGCAGAUGCUGGACGCACCCAGCCCAAGCCCAAAUUCUUUGUUGCAAGACCUGCGGAGCAUGCAGCAAGGGAGCUUCCCUGGUCAGGGCUUGCCGCAGGGAAUCGGUGGGAUUCCUGGUGGCAUGCCAGGCCAGAUGGGGCAACCUGCAGGCCAAUUCGGCCAGAUGGGCCAGGGUCAGAUAGGCCAGAUGGGCCAAAUGCCUGGCCAGAUAGGUCAAGGUUUUGGCGGGCAGAUGGGGCAAGGCUUUGGCCAGAUGGGUGGCCAGAUGCCUGGGCAAAUGGGUCAAAUGCCUGGGCAAGUGGGCUCGAUGGGUGGCCAGAUGGGUGGCCAGAUGGGCGGCCAGAUGGGUGGCCAGAUGGGUGGCCAGAUGGGCGGCCAGAUGGGCGGCCAGAUGGGCGGCCAGAUGGGUCAAGGAUUUGGCCAGAUGGGUCAGGGUCAGAUGGGCGGGCUGCCGACGGGUAUGGGUGGCUUUGGAAUGCAGGGCCAGGGCUUUGGAGCUCCUCAAGGUCAAUUUCAACCGCAGCCUGGUAUGGGUGGAUUCCCCCCGCAGGCCCAGGAGGAGAGGACGCUGGAGGAUCUCGCCUGCACCGCUGGUUCCCACAGCGCGGUUUGGGGUGCUGCCAAGCAAGUUUUCAGAAGCGUCUUUCAGGAAACGCUGCCCUGGCAGCCCGUGCCCAGGGAGACGCUGUCUGCGGCCAUGGAGGCGGCGCUUCAGAUGCUCAAGUCCGCAGGCGCCAUGGGCCCCCAGGCCACGGACGAAUGCGGCCUGGGGAAGCUGACGGUCCAGCUGUACUCCUUCGCAGCCAUUGAUGAGCCCCAGGUCCUGCUUCAGCUCUUUGCCGGCUUUGAGCAGCUUGCCUCUCCGGUACUGACUAUGCUGCUCGACAUGCCAUGGGCUGCGCUGGCGCAAACCGGGUGGCCCGUUGUGGCUCUGCUCGCCCAGAUCAACCUUCGCAAAGCGCAAUUGGGCGCUGUCAACGACGAGAGAGUGGAUGGGCUGGACGUGCCUGCCGGACGGCAAUUCCAGGCCCAGCUCCUGGCUGCGCUGGCAGCGAGGGACGGGGCGGCGGGCGGCUGA